AUGCGCACCUCCGUCGCGCUGUCCAUGCUCAGCAUAACCAUCGCACAGCUCUACCGCUUGCAACCUUCCGUCCCCGCAACUCCCGCCUUCGGCUUCUUUGCCUUAAGCAAGCCGCUCGCAGCCAUUUUCCAGGCCGCGGCGAUUACGGUGAGCUUACUCGGCGCGUCACGCUUUUACCGCCAGCAGCAUGCGAUGGCUGUUGGCAAGGUGCGGGUUCGGGGGUGGGAGGUUUGGGUCAUUUGUGUUGGUGUACCUGCGCUACUGCUUCUCCUGUUCAUUGUGCAUCUGGGUGCCGAUUAA